UGCUCAAGGUUACUACAGAGUUGCUGGAAUGCAAAGUUAUGAAAAAGAAAAGCCUGGUCAUAGUGCUGCUCUGCCUUUAUAAAACUCCAGUCCAGUGACCCUCCUCACAGUUGUGUCUGGCAGACCGGUGACACACUCCAUCCACCCUGUGAGGGGUCUGGGCACACACUCCGCAUUGUCCAAACUGCGGGCUUUGUGUACCGAAAACUGCUUCACCUCUCCCCAUGUAUUGUACCCAGGUAUUUCAACCCUUUGAGUGUCUUCUUCAUAUUUAAUUAUUUUUAAUCCAGUUUUCCGGAGUUCUUAUAGUUUCAUGUAGUGAUAUUCAGUCAGUGUUGGUUAUUAUGAAAAUAAGGCAUGUGCAAAAAACCCUAAUUUUUGCAGCGCCUCAGGUGUAUUGACACGUCCAUACGUGUGUGAGUGUGUGUGUCACGUAGCUCUGCUGUGUACACAGGUGAAUGAUUGUAGGGAGUUCAGUGUACUCAGUGUAACUAGUAUUGCAAGUCACCUUCACAAGUGUCAGCGAAAUCCUAACCCUUACUAACUAGUAAGCUGUUGUGCACGCUCGAGAGAAGCGUUUGCUAAUGAAUAAAUGUGAAAUACACAAAAAAAGAUGAAUCCUGACGUGUCUCGAUUUUAUACACAGCUACGGGCCCAUUAAAAGUCUAGAAUACAGAGCUAAUAAAGCGCGAUGAUUUGAAAAACUUGUCAUUCGAAGAUUUUCUCGAGCUUCGACGUGCGGCACGAUUAGAACUCCUUUAAAACGAGUGGAAGUAAAACACGGUACCGCGCGUCCGCGCUCGCUCUCGGCGCUGUGUGCGAAAUCGCCGCUAGGGGGCAGCGCGCGCUUCGCCUACCUGCAAGCUAGAGAGGCUGCACCUCGUCUCGCGCUGCCAAAAGGCCGCUCUCGCGCGCUCGCUCGCUCUCCCUCCUUCCCUCCCAUGUUGCCUAGCGGUGGACGGGGGUAGAGCGCGCGAGUGGCUCCUCUGCGCUGCGCUCCCAGUCAGUCACUCACUCACUCACUCACUGAGUCACUGUUAGUCUGCUCUCAGCGGCGGAGUUGGCGGGAGACUCGGGUUCGAGCCCGGAGUCACUACGAGGCGGGGCGAGAGCGCGCGCACCUGGCACGGAGGAAAAGUGGAGCGGCGAAUAUCGGAAAAGUGACUUUGGAGAGCGAUGCGCUGGCAUGGCCAGAUGGUUCAAGGAACACCUGCCGGGAUUCAAAAGUUCCAAGGCGUCGCCUCCGGCUCCACCAAAGCCGGACUACAGGCACUGCCACAUGGCGGCGUGCGGCGGCGGCGGCGACGCCGGCGGCGCCCCGGGCUUCCAGCAGACGGGCCCCGGGGCCACCUGUCAGUACCCGAGCGCCGCGCAGCCCGACAUCCUGGCCGCAUACAAGCUGCAGAAGGAGCUGGACUUCGAGGACCCGUACACGGCGGGCGGGAACCUCUCCUUCCCGGGCUUCUCCUCUCUCGCGGCGCCCGACGUCAAGUACGUGUCUCCGAAGCACCGGCUCAUCAAGGUGGAAACGCUGGAGAAAAGCGGCGCCGGGACCUCUCAGAGUCAGAGCGCGAGCGCGGCUGGCGCGAGGUCCCCGCCUUCGUCACCCCCCACUGAGCAGGACGGCAAGGAGAAGGUUAUUAUCUUGGAAGACUACGCCGACCCAUUUGAUGCUAAGCAGGGGGGUGGGGGGCACGUGACCCCAGAGAAGGUUGCGGAGAACGACGGCUACAUGGAGCCUUACGAGGCCCAGAAGAUGAUGGCAGAGAUCCGAGGAGGGCGGAGCCUGAAGGAUGGUCCCCUGCGCCAACCGCCCCUGUACGACACGCCUUAUGAACCGGCAGAGAACGGCGGCGACGACUCGGACCCCGAGCGGCCCCUGUACUCCAGGGAGAGCCGGCUGCCCCAGGAUGACGAGCGGCCGCCGGAGGAGUACGACCAACCCUGGGAGUGGAAAAGGGACCGCAUCUCCAAGGCCUUUGCAGUAGAGAUUAAAGUGAUCAAGGACCUGCCCUGGCCUCCUCCCGUAGGGCAGCUCAACAGCGCCGCCCCGCUGGCCGAAUGUGCGGAGGAGCACACCGCAACAGGACAGCCAGCCAGUGACCAGCACCAUCGCGUGCACUUUGACGGUGUGGACAAGUCCCAGACGUCGCCCACCAAGGAGGGCAAGGCACGCCACCCCCGGCGGCAUUCGAGCGGCUGCCUGGUGAACACCAAGCUGGGCUCCCUGGAUCAGUGCCACCCCACAGUGGGCGAGCGCAUUGACCCCUCGCUGCCGCUCGAGAGCCAGUUCUGGUACCAUGGUGCGAUCAGCCGGACGGAUGCGGAGUCCCUGCUGAGGCUGUGCAAGGAAGCCAGCUACCUGGUGCGCAACAGCGAGACCAGCAAGAACGACUUCUCCCUGUCCCUCAAGAGCAGCCAGGGCUUCAUGCACAUGAAGCUCUCCCGGACCAAAGAGAACAAGUACGUGCUGGGCCAGAACAGCAGCCCUUUCGACAGCGUGCCCGAGAUCAUCCACUUCUACUCCAGCCGCAAGCUACCCAUCAAGGGGGCCGAGCACAUGUCCCUGCUGUACCCCGUGGCCAUUAGGACGCUGUAGCGCUCCAGUCCCGUGCGCCGGCUACGGGACGGGGGCAGCAGUCCACGCUCCCACCCCUUCCCGAUUGUGUUCCUCUCAUCGAAGCCUCGGUGAACAUCUCAGAAGGGCACAGGCUCAAAGGUUCGCAGAUGCUCUCGGAUGCGCUCCAUUGCCCUGCCCCACUUCGUAUCCAUCUCCUUCCUGUCUCAUGCAGUGUGGACUGCAGUGAUUCUGUCACCACCAACUCUGAGGAUGGAUGCUCCUGUAGAUCAGUAUGUCUGCCUGUGCUGUUUGUACUGCUCCUAGUUAGGCGCUUGGAGGUAACCAGUUGGGAAGGGUGCCGCUGUACAUGAAACAAACAGAAGUGAACUGCAUCAGCACUGAAUGAAACCUCCUUCAGGUCCUGCUGGAAGACAAGUCCGUACCAGAAAGACACUCAAACCAAUAAGGUGAACUUAAGCUGCUUUGUUCAUUUCUAAUUUCUAAUAAUCUGUUUUUUUUUUUUUUUUUUUUUUUUUCUUCUUCCCCAUUUCAGUUUAAACGUGGGUGGUCUGUACCCUUCGUCUUUUAUAUUUUUGCUGAACGUGUGGUUGUCAGAUGGUAAAUGUUAUUUCUCUGCAAAGGAUUGCUCUUGGAGAAGCUCACUACUGAGGAAGUUCUUGUAUAAGGAGCAGUGGGCUGAGUACCUGGUAGGCUUUGAAGAGUACAUUUAAUUUUUUUCAACAAAAAAACAAUGUUAAAAAAUAAUAAGAAGGGGGGAAAACAAUUCAGUGUUAUUCAGAUUUAGACCCAUACCUUUGUAAAUUACUCACAUAAUAUACUGUGGAGUAAAAAUUGGAUCAGAAGCUGUAGUUAAAAAAAAAAAAAAAAAGUAGUACAUUUUUGUACAUGAGAUGAGCACAAAUGCCCAAAUGCAAGUAAGAAAGGGUUUCCCAGUCCAGAGCUGGAUGGCUGCGGUGUUCCAACUCCUCACCUGAGUUCAGUUCCACUGAUAGAACAUAACCAUCUGAAUGUCACAUUGGCUAAAGAAACAGAGGUACUGUUGUGCAACACAGUAAAGUGUUGUUUCGAUCGGUCUGCAUCAUUUGUUUCUUCAAACAAAACGUUUGUUUCUGUGCUCAGUGUAAUUAAUCUUUCUGUUUCGUGAAACAAAAAUAAAAAUAUUUAUUUUACAAAAUGUACUAACCUGUCAAGGGAUGUGUACAGCAGAAAAAGGCAUUUUACAUUUUACCACUGCGAAAAAAAAAAAAAAAAAAAAAACAGAAAACAUUGGUACAGGUUUCACAGCUGUCAGUUGCAGGCUAAUUGCAGUAAGGACUCUGUUAGUUAUUCAGUUAAUUUUAGCCCAUUGUGCUCUUGGCCAGAACAAAGACCAGUGGGACUGGGAAGCCCUGCAGGAAAGUGUUUUUCGUCUCACUUGUGUUUGUGCGAAGAUGCACAAGAUGUGAGGAUGUUUUGUGCUUGCCGGGCUCUUACGAUCUUCGGGAUCCUCAAGGGCCGGAGGACCUCGCCGAUGCUGCAGCAGUCAUAGCAGAGUCCAGGCUCAUCCGUGUCCUCCGCUGGAUGGACACCAGCUGGGCCGAUGGCAGCCAUCCUUCCUGGCGCUUGUCCUGAUCGCCGAUUCCCUCUUUCCCCUCUUUUCGUCCGGCCAUCAGAGAGAGAAUUUGCAGCUUUUGUGAUUUCCCUCCGCUGUUUAGAGGCACAGGACACGUUUUGGUGUGUGAAAUUGCCUUCGAAAUCUUCAAACUCGAGUGGGAUGGAAUUAGAACUAAUCAAGCAGGCAUGCAGUGUCUAUCUCAGGAAAAACGCCUCCAUUAAAUUCACCUAACUAGAGAUCAAUAUCUGUAGUGGGAUUGCAGAUAUGGAUUUCUACCCCGAGCCCUUUUUUCCAUACAGCUCUCAAGUUUAAAUAUACAAGGUCGAGCACUAUCGUCAGGAGGCGGCGAGUAGAGGUGUUCUAGGUGUGUGUGUCACAUGCUUUACCGUGUCAUUCUCCCGAGCAUUCAGUCAGGGAUCUUUUGUAGCACCAUCACAUUGCGGGUUAAUGCUCAUCGAUCCUUUUUUCCACGUUACGAUCUGAUACCCGGACCUUGCUCUCAACCAGCGUAAAACUCUGUAACCCGCAGUCACCUCUUUUGUGUUUUUUGUUUUUGAAGAGUAGCAGGACGUUGGACAGUGUCAAGGAGAGUGUAUAGUUAGCUGCCACCUUUUGUCCCCAGAAACGAACCCAUUGUAACUUCCUCCGCGUUUUGUCCCCCCGUUUGUCGCACGUUUCAAGUGAUAUACUUACUGUACGCUCGCAAGCUCAGCGCUUUGUCUGUGCCGUGGUGUUUCUCAGUACCGUGUUGAUGUUCUGCCCUGUGUUUAAUGCACCGCUAAGCUGUUUGACCGCAACGGGUGCGUCUGGCGGCUCCGCAAAUUGUUCGGAUUCCAUCCUCCCAGCAGCACGACGACAGCGUACGUUCUUUAAAUGACCGUUUUAGGUCAGUGCUGGCAGGACUCCUGUUGGACCCAUUGCCCUGUAGUUAUCCUGCUUGACUUCGGUACGACCGCAGAGAUCAGUGCCAUCCGUCGACAAUCGGCGAUGGGCCAGGGGGGUGUUCGUUCCCUUGGAAACUGCCUGCGUUGAGGUGUGCCCUUCUGAACUGUUCCUCCCAGCUGCUCAGAACACAUGAAAGCUGGAGGCCUGCAAGUUUGGAAGCUGGACGGUGGAGCCUCGGGAGCCUAGAAUCCCGGUGCCCCCUGGCUGUCUCAUGCAGACCUCAGUGCUGGAUGAGAGGAAGGACAAACAGGUCGGGAAGCCUUGCUGUGAAGGAUCCACCCUGCAGCUGCCAGAAUGAUGGGAACUGUGGGUUCUUGCUGGGGCACCUGGCUUUCGUAUACAAUGUGCUUAUGUUUUUGAAUCGGUAGCAGUUUCAACUUGGUGAAAACACUCAUGGACCCUAAAGCACAGAGGAGAUACAGUGUAAUAACUGGACAUUUGGUUAUUGUUGUUUUUUGUAAAUUUUUUUUUUUGUCUUCCUCCUGGAACCUCGGACUAUUUGCACACCACUGAAGGUGGACCUAAGAGAGGACCGGCGCCGCUCACUGCGAACUCCGGGGGUCCGGGAGCAGAGCAGUCAGCGGUCACUGUGCCCUGAGAAGGAGCUGGCAGCAGCCCCUCUGCGCCCCUGUCCCCCCAUCCCUUCCCGUAACGAUGUCACGUGCCUGUGUGUGUACCGUCUCCUGUCAAGGUGGGCUGGGGGGUGAUUUAUUUUCCACCUUUCGUGUAUGUGUUCUUCCCUUUGUAUGCACUUGUGUAGCUGAUCUGUACCGUUCCUCUGUGCCAAAUGUAUACACUGAAUGUACCGUUGGGGGGUGUGGCCCCUUUCCGAACGCAAAUGCCUAUGGACAAUAAAGUACGGUUCACGAGUCAAGC